UAAAUUUAUAGAUAUUUCUUUUUGUUUAUCAUUUUUGGAAAAAUAAAAUGAAAAAUAAUAUAAUUUACAUUUUGUAAAUAUUUAAUUGUAUUUUUUAUGUGCUAUUGUAAAAGGGAAAUUUAAGCUAAAAUUUAAGCUAUAAAUUUAGUUAGUGAAAAAACUAAAAUUUAGUUAAAAAUUUUAUUCAAAUUUUAUCAAGAAAAAAGGAAAUAAAAAUAGUUGUUAUUAACAUAAAUUAUAUAGAAUACUUUUAGCUGUUAUAAUAGCUUUUAAAUGUAAAAGUUUGAUAUAUUUUUAUAUUAAAGUUAUUAUUUUUAUUAAAUCACAUACUUUAAAUAUAAAAAUUGAUAUAUAUUUAUAUUUAAUUAAUAUAUUGCCUUUUAUAUUAAAUUCCUUUUUGAUUUGUAUAAAUUUAAAUUCGUUUUUAUUAAGUUUAUAAAAGCUAUAUGUUUAUAUGAAAUAUAUUGUCUUUUCAGAAUAAGGUGAUUUGGAAACAAAUAUUAACAAAGAAAAGGUUAAAUAAAAAUGUUAAUAAUGUCAUUAUAAUAAUUAAUUUAAUUCAUUAAAGUUAUCAUUGUAAUUAAUCAUUUUAAGAAUCAAUAUGAAAGCUACACAUAGAAAACUAACUUUUUAAAUAAUAUUAUAGAGAUAUUUAUAGUGUAAUUUGAUAUUUAAGUAUUAUUGUGCACUUAUGUGCAUUUACAGUCUUUAUUAGUGGUUAAAAUCUGAUCACAUCUUUUUCACACUCUGACCGUCAAGAACAAUAAAGAUGAUAGGAUACAGAGUAAAACCGUUUUCCUAAGUUUUCUAGUCUUCAAAACACGUUUUUUUUUUUUGCAAACUUGAAAAGUUACUCCAUUGUAACGCCGAUCGACCAAUCUAUCGGGCGAUCGACCGAUCGUUGUCAAACAUGAUCGAUCAAAUCCCAAAUAAGGAUCGACCGAUCCUCGUUACUUUCUAGCACAUCUCUACUUAAUGAUCCAUUUUGUCCCAAAUUCUUGUCCAAAUGCAUUAUUUCCUAACAAGUUAACAUGUAAUAUAACUGAAAAGUGAAAACAAUAGAACUUUUCAAGAAGACUAAAAUACCUUUAAAUCAAUCAUUAUUUAUUCAAAACUGAGUUUAAAAGUGUUAAAAUCACAACACGUCAUUUUCCAAAAGCAAUUCUUAACAAGUAGUUUCAAGUCUCUUUCAACUUUUCAAAUCAGAUCAAUUGGCUUAGCUUCAAAACAUUGGAACCCCACAAAAAAACAUCAAACUCAUGAAGAGUCUUGGUCUUCGGUUUAAAGGAAGAAAAUGGAAAUUGGAAAUACGUACCAGUAAUCAUCACUAAACCACAAGUGUCAUGUCUUUGCACAAUAAAAUUCACCCAACACCAACCUAACUUCCCUACAACUAUCAAUCUAUCAUCACAUAUUAUAUAACACAUGUUGCACAAAAAAAAAAAUUAACACACAAAGAGAGAGAGAUAAAACCGAUUUGUUAUGGAGAACAAGAAGAAGGCCAAUCAUGGAGAUGGCUGGCAUGAUUGUGUCCUUCCUGUACAUAGCCAAGUAGUGAAGAUCAAGAAAGAGUUUGAGAAGAUUCAUCAGCCGCAGAUGCUGAGGGUGCUUCGCUAUAUCACAGGUCCACAGCGUUCCCGUUCUCCUCUCGGGUUAGGGCAGAGAGACCGCAGACCUAUCACCGUUGGAAAAUUGAUAACAAAGAAAGAGCAAUGGAGAUAGGUUACUAUCUGUGUAUUUUAGGCUCUCUUUUGUCUUUCAAUGUAAAUAUCUUUAGUUAAUGUCAUGAGUCUCCUAUGUCAACAAA